UGGAGGGAAAAGGAGGCCCAAAUCAAACAGACAAAAAAGAAAAAAAGCCUCCAAGAAAAUACAAAUAGAAACACUUACACACAGAGGAUGCCAGUGGCAAGGCCAGAAUCAUCAGAUUCAAGGGUCAUCGCUCAUGUUGACAUGGAUUGCUUUUAUGUUCAAGUGGAGCAGCGUAAGCAGCCACAUUUAAGAGGUCAGCCAACUGCUGUUGUACAGUACAACUCGUGGAAAGGUGGGGCCCUGAUUGCUGUCAGUUAUGAGGCUCGUAAACAUGGGGUGAAGCGUUCAAUGCGAGGUGAUGAGGCAAAACAUGUUUGUCCGCAAAUUCAGCUUGUCCAAGUACCAGUUAACCGCGGCAAAGCUGACUUGACAGUGUACAGAAAUGCUGGUUCAGAGGUAGUCUCAAUUCUUGCAAGGAAAGGACGAUGUGAACGAGCUUCUAUAGAUGAAGUAUAUCUUGAUCUUACUGAAGCUGCUGAAUUGAUGUUGGCUGAAACUCCUCCUGAGAGUCUAGAAGCAAUACAUGAGGAAGCUGUUAAAUCGCAUGUUUUGGGACUUGAUGUGGAUGGAGUUGAUUCCAGGGAGAAUGUUAAGAAGUGGCUAAUCAGGUCUGAUGCUGAUCGCCGUGAUAAGCUUUUAGCUUGUGGAGCAGUUCUUGUUGCAGAGCUUAGGUUGCAGGUUUUGCGGGAGACUCAGUUUACUUGUUCGGCAGGCAUUGCACACAAUAAGAUGCUGGCUAAAUUAGUGAGUGGAAUGAAUAAACCUGCUCAGCAGACAGUUGUGCCCUUGUCAUCUGUGAAGAAGCUGCUUGAAGGUUUUCCAAUAAAGAAAAUGAAGCAGCUUGGAGGAAAGUUAGGCACAUCUUUACAAACUGACCUUGGCGUAGAAACUGUUGGGGAUCUCUUGCAAUUUCCCGAAGUGAAGCUUCAAGAAUGCUAUGGCAUGAAUACAGGCACUUGGUUGUGGAAUAUUGCUCGAGGAAUCAAUGGUGAAGAGGUUGAGGGUCGCCUUCUUCCCAAAAGUCAUGGUGCCGGCAAGACUUUUCCUGGACCAGCAGCACUUAGAUCCAUUUCUGCAGUUGAAAAGUGGCUAAAUGAACUCUGUGAUGAGCUUAAUGAGCGUCUCCAAUCUGAUUUGGAAAAAAAUAAGCGUAUUGCACAUACAUUAACCCUUCAUGCUAGCGCAUACAAGAAAACUGAUACAGAUUCACAUAAAAAGUUCCCGUCCAAGUCUUGUCCACUCAGAUAUGGUACUUCUAAGAUUCAAGAAGAUGCCCUUCUCCUAUUUCAAGCAGGGCUCCGUGAAUAUCUUGGGUCAUACCAGCCCAAGACUUCUGGAGGUCAACAUGAUGGAUGGGGAAUAAUUGGUCUUUCUGUUUCAGCCAGUAAAAUAGUUGCUAUACCAUCAGGAACACGUUCAAUCUCCAAUUACUUUCAUAGCCGAGGUCAAAUUUGUUCUUCAGCAGGAGAGUCAAAUGACAGAUUUUCCAAACCUGCUGCACCUUUAUCCCCUUCAGGCAGUGAAAGCAAUUCAGGAGUGCAUUUUGCGGUGCCCGAAAUUGAAUCUCCCCACAAAGAGGAGAAGAGCGUACAUGCCUUGGCAUCAUUUGAUCUAAAAGAGAAUGAGAUGCAAGUUUGCAAGGACAAGUAUACUCUAAAAAGUCCUGUCGACAAGCAGGAUCCAUCCUUCUCUUCAACCAUGUCCCAGCAUGAUGGAUUUGCAUUUGCACAAGAAAUUGUAACACCAUCUUCCUCAGGUACUCAGAGUUGUUUCACAGUGAACCAAACUGAAUCACAGAAAGAACUCUCUGGAGAAAAUUUUCUCCAUGUCAGAUUGAAGGAAAAGAAAACAAGCUCUUCGAAAGAAAAGGGAACACCCUCUAUCUUAAACUUCUUUCAAAGCCGCACCUCAUGUGCUUCUCCAAAGCAACGGCAUGCAAGUCCUCUUGCAGAAGCUAAGGCAUCGUCAUCCUCAGAUGCUGAAUCUAUAGUCAAUAGCUGUUUUGAAGCUUUCAAACAAAAUAACUUACCUACAAAAAAUGGAACUCGUACUGGCACAUUUAACUUUGAUCAAGAUGAACAGAGGAGGAGUUGGAGUUACAAGAUUGAUGAGAUUGACCAUGCUAUCCUAAAUGAAUUACCUCUGGAAAUACAAGAGGAGGUGAAUGUGUGGCUCCGGCCGCAGAAGCGAGCUAACAUAUUGAAGAAAGGUUCUAAUAUUCCUCAUUAUUUCUUACCCACGAAAGACAAGUAGAUGCUUCCUUACUGUUGGUCUGUACAGAGAGAGAUGUAAAGUUAUACUUCAGAAUACUUCUAGACUCUGCUGGGGCGCUGUGGGAUUAGUCGGGUGUAGGCCCGGAUACCCCAGUGAUGACAAAAAAAAAAAAAAAAAAAAAAAAAAA